AUGCAUCUCACGGCGACACUGUUAGCUCCAGUCGUGUUGGCGGCGACCGUUGGGGCCAACAAGAGUGAACGCGAUGUCGAGCCAUGUGCAAAGAUCACCAACUUAGUGGCGGACGCCAAUAACAAUCAGAUCAGCGCUAAAGUCCCUCUUAACUUGGCACAUGAAUGCCUGAUGUCCAUGCCGUUCGAACCGAGUCGUGCGGCUACUUUCCUGAACCAAGUCCGCAAGAUUCUGGAAUUCCAAUCAACGGUCGACAUCCUCAAGGUUGAUUCGAUCCUGGACAAGGUCAACAACAAUGAGUACUCUAGCCAGUUUGAAAUGGAUCUGGACGUUUCACACCUCAUCAAGUCCGCCUACGAUGGCCACUUGGCAUUCCAAUUAUGCUCGCAAUCAAUCUUCAAUUACGAGGUAGACAUGCCUCUGGUGUCUAUUUCGACAGACGGUCUUACACUGCCAGAAGUGUAUACUUUGAAUGAUGCAAAGCUCCAGCAAAGCGGUUCCAAGGAUGUUUCCUCCCUUGUAUCCAUUAAUGUCACCGACGCAGCCGAGUUCCUGGAAUCAUAUGCCUCUGCUCAGAGCCUCCAAGAUCGCGACGCCCAAUAUAAUCGAGUCUUCCCCGCUCUGGCUCGCAGCAUCACCGGUACACCUACGGACCAAAACGGUAUCUGGUUUACGACUGCUGACUGGAGUGAUGGCUCCCAGCUAACUCUCAGGUAUGGCAAUGGAACUGUUCAGACUGUGGAGAAGUCAGCCAUCCCGAAGGAGAGAUUCUUCUCUUAUAAGAACGGCUCCAGCCUGUACAAUGCCAACUGUAUUCCCCGAAGCCUCCCUUCCGCCGAGACGACUUCCUCCCCAUAUGCCGAGGAGGCCUCAUCUGUAACUGGACUCCCAGAUACAGAGUGGCGCAACUCUGCCAACUCUAUCGCUGGAUAUUUCUCGAAUCUCAACGGCCUCGAGGAUACGGGCAUUAUCUUCCUCCCCACCUUCUCCUCCAGCCCCCAGGAGGUCGCUCAGGUGGCAGUUGAUUUUUUGCGCAACGCCACUCUCGCUGGAAAGAAGAACAUUUUGAUUGAUGUGUCCGCUAAUCCGGGCGGAUACAUGUCGAUUGGACUUGACAUGUUCCGGAUAUUCUUCCCAGAUGGCUUCCCCUACACCGCGACACGGUACCGAGCGCACGAUGCAGCUAAGUACCUCACCAAAGCGUAUUCUCGCUCCACCACUCAGGACUCUAGCAAUACCUUUGCGUACAAGCAAAUGGUCGCUCCGGACCAGAAGAGUGGUUUCAGCUCCUGGGAUGAUCUUUAUGGGCCAAAUGAGGCUUUAGGGAGUCCUUCGUCCAGCUUGCUGGCCAAUUUCAACUACACUUCCACUUCCAGUCAGACUUUCCCCAUCAAUGGCUACGGACCUAUUCCGUUGAAUCCUGAACAGUCUUUGUUUCCGGCUGAUAGUAUUGCCAUUAUCACUGAUGGAGACUGCACCUCAACGUGUGCCUUCUUUGUCAAGCUUAUGAAGCGCCAAGGCGUACGCACCAUUGCCUUCGGGGGCCGUCCCACCGAAUCCGCGAUGCAAGGAGUCGGGGGUGUGAAGGGUGGUCAAUCGCUCGGAAUCGGAUACAUUAACGGCUACAUUUAUCAGGCCAACCAGUUGAUCCAGAACACAUCUGGCACCUCAUCGCCUCUCUUAACACCAGCGGAGUGGAAGGCGUUCAAUGAUUCAAGCCCCAGCAUGGAUCCCUCAUUUGCUUGGAGCGGCAACGUCAAUUUGCGAAACGAAUAUGAUCCAGAUGACGAUCAGACUCCGCUACAGUUCGUCUAUGAGGCGGCAGAGUGCCGGCGCUUCUAUACCAUUGAGAAUUAUCUACAACAGGAGACUGUGUGGCAAGCAGCCGCAAAGUCAAUGUUUGGCGAAGCAGGAUGUGUGAAGGGUUCAACAAAUGGAAAGGGCAGCUUAGGUUCCUCUUGA